AUGCAGGUCCCUGCUUUCAUCGCGUUGGCUGCAGCCCUACUGGCCUCAUGCGCAACCCAAGCUGCGGUCACCAGCACGCACAAGUGCUACGUGGAGCCCGGCUUCGACUACAUCGACAACGACAUUGGCUCGGCGGCCUCGUCCACGGCUGACGGAUGCUGUGCCAAGUGCGAGGUGGCCAGCGGCUGCAAGGCUUACUCCUGGACCGACAUGAACGGGGGGACGUGCUGGCUGAAGAGUGGCCGCGGCACCAUCGUCGUCAACGCCACCGUCCAGUCGGCAACCCUGCAGCCCCUCGGCGACGCCGGCAACGUCGGAGGUUGCCAACUGGACGAAGGCAUCGACUACGUGGGGAACGACAUUGGUAACGUGCGCAUGCUCAAGCCUCUGAGCUGUUGCAGCGCUUGCUCCAACUUCCCAGGGUGCCGCGCCUUCACCUUCACCACUCACAACGGCGGCACGUGCUGGCUAAAAAGUGCCAAGGGCCCCACCGUCGUGAACCCGGCAGCGCGGUCGGCCCAGCCGUAUUUGGAGGCGCCUACGUGCGGCCUCGAGUUUGGAGUGGACUAUGUGGGCAACGACAUUGGCACUGCUCCUGCCAGUAAACCGGGGGACUGCUGCAACGCGUGCUCGAACACGGCCGGCUGCCGCGCGUUCUCUUGGAACAAGGAGAACGGGGGCACGUGCUACCUCAAGAACCGCAAGGACGGCACCAUCAGCAAGGACGGCGUCACCUCCGCCCAAGUGAAGGCCAACCCGGCGUCCCCCAGCUGUGCGUUGGAGCUGAACGUGGACUACGUGGGCAACGACAUUGGCAAUGCGCCGAGCUCCGACCCGUACGCCUGCUGCUCCAAGUGCAUGGCCAAGAGCGGCUGCAACGCCUUCUCGUGGUCGGACCUCAACGGAGGAACGUGCUGGUUCAAGAGCACCAAGGGCACCACCGCGGCCAAAACUGGCAUCAAGUCGGCGAUCGUCUAA